AUGGCGGACUGUAAACAACGUCAAGACAGGUUGCCAGGAAAAGUUAAAGGGAAGUUUUGCAGCAAAGGCAGAUCAAGGAAAUCAGCGCAUAUGAGACAAUUAAACAGUGUUAGCAAACAGGACAAUGAGAUAGUUUCUUACGAAGUUGACCAUUCCUACAUGGCAAACAACUUAACCUCUAAUCCUGAAGCAGACGACAUAGCUAGAGAUGAUCUUGGUGUUGGCCUAUGCAUCGAAACGCGUGGAACGGAGGAAGACGUCAGAUGGAACGAGGGGCGGCGGAUUGUGGAGCUCAAGUUCUUGGCAGACCAGCUGGUAUGUAAACGGUGUAACAAUCGUUUGCAUUUAUGUAACAUCGUAAAUGAAAAGCGGUAUGGGCUCGGCAGUUUACUUUACAUCAAGUGCGACAGUAGUAUUUGUGAAUUUACCAACACAGUGUGUACAGGAAAGAGGAACGAAAAAGGUACCUUUGACAUCAACUCAAAAGGAGCUCUGGCCAUGAUACAUUCUGGUAUGGGACCAACCCAUGUUGUAAAUUUUCUUAGCACCUGCAACAUUCCACCUAUUGAUGCCACCACUUUGAGGAAGAAGGAAAAAGAGAUCUCAGCUUCUAUUGUUUGCCAGGCCAAGGAGUCGUGUCAAAGAGCAAGAGAAGAAGAAAUGAAUGCUACAGCAGACCAACUGGAAUGUAGCUUUGAUGCUGGUUGGCAGACCAGGGGGUCUGGCUGUCAGUAUAAUAGUAAUACUGGUCAUGCGAGCCUUAUUGGUGUUCACAGUGGAAAAGUUCUUGAAUAUGAUGUGAGAUCAAAGAUAUGUCGAGUCUGUCAAUACCAUUUUGGUAGGAAUGAAACGGUUCCAAAUCAUGACUGCAGCAGUAAUUGGUCAGGUUCUAGUAAGGCAAUGGAACCAGAUAUGGCCUCAGCAAUGUUAAAUAGGAUGAGGGAAGACGGAUGUGAGGUCCAGACAAUCCACGCAGACAAUGAUUCGACGACUGCUGCUCGGUUAAAGAAUAUGUUCCCAUCUCUUCAAAAAAAGCAGGAUAAGAAUCACUUAAAGAAAAACUUGACCAAACAGCUUUAUAAGCUCGCCAAGCUUUAUAAACAACUCAAACCGGCUGGUACAAUUUCCUAUGUGGUCAGAUGCUUUAUGUAUGCCAUAUCCACCAAACAUACAUCUGAAGAAGAACUGAUGUCAAAAUUGGAGAUGGUUGUUCCUCAUAUGUUUGGAGACCAUAGUCUAUGUGAAGGGGCUACAUGGUGUACAUAUCACAAAAAUCCAUUGACAUUUAGUUUCAAGCACCUAUCUAAAGGCCAACCACUGUCUGGUGACCAGCUUAGAACUGAACUGGAUAACAUUACUGAAAACUAUAAAAAGAUGGCCUCACAGCUGCUGAAGCUGGGAUCAACACAAAGUAAUGAAAACUUUAACAAUGUUGUGGCAAGCAAGGCACCAAAAAAUAGAUCAUAUGGAGGCACAGCAUCACUGGCUACUAGAGUCUCUGCAGCAGUUUUACAGAAGAAUAUCGGGUACAGAUACAUUGAGGAGGUAAACAGACAAAGUUUAUUGUCUCCAGGAAAAGUUUCUAAGAGACAUGGGAUUACUAUGGAUAAAAAGAAGUUGUGGCACAAAAAAAGACAUGCAUCUAUCUCAUUCAAAAGAAAACGCCUGUCAUUAAAGAAAAGAAAACACGAGAGAGAAUCAACAAAUUGCCUGAAGGAAGGAAAAACAUAUGAGCCAUGCAUCAGUACAUCAGAAGUCAACUCUUGUGACCUUGAAACUAUACCCGGUAAGCGUGAAUUCAAUGGUGAAGAAAAUAUUGUGGCCUUUGAUCUGGAAACUACAGGACUGUCUCGCAGCAGUGAUAUUAUCCAGCUAGCAGCUUUUGAUGGGAAAGAAGAGUUCAAUAUUUAUAUUUCUCCUUCUCAGCAAAUUACAAAGAAAGCAAGUGAAAUCACAGGACUGAAGUAUGACUUUGACCUUGGAUGCAUGUUCUCCUUAGGAAGAGAAGUAGAAUGCGUAGAUAUUAGACUUGGUCUCCUAAAAAUGAUAGAGUAUCUCAGUAAGCGUGAGAAAACAAUUCUUGUGGGACAUAACAUAUUGUCAUUUGACAUUCCAAUUCUCUGCAAGACACUCCAAGUUCACAGUCUUUUGCAGGAAUUUCUUCUCCAUGUCGAUGCCUGUUUAGACACACUUAGACUUGCACGUAAAUUGUUCAGUAAGGAGACUGUGGGAAAUUACAAACAGCAGACCCUGGUGCAGGUUCUUUUAGGGAAAUCCUAUCAAGCGCAUGAUGCUCUUGCUGAUGUUAAAACUCUUCAUGAGCUUUUUGUAUCCAAGUUUACAUUCAGAGAAACAGAUGCCUUUCCUUUCAAUUUCCAUGCUCUGCAGAAAUCAUUUGGGCCAGUUGUUGAAAGAAAGCUGAUUUCAAAUGCCAAUUCUAGAAAACUUGCCAAUUCUGGUCUUGGACUUGGACACCUCUACCUGGCAUACCACAGAGACAAUGAUACAGGAGUAAAGUCUGUGUUAUCAGAACAUGGUUUUAAUGCAAAAACGUCAAAACGCAUUAAUGCAUACUUUGAGAAACAGGAAGAGUAA